AUGGACGGACUCGAUGAAGUUGCGAUUUGUACUCUAAAAGCUGCUAACAUUGGGGAAGACAUUUUACCAACUCUCACACGGGAUGAUAUCCGAGAUCUCUUUCCUGGUCCUGAGCACUUCCUGCGACGCAAAGCCAUUUGGCUUAUUGUUCAUAAGGAAGAACAGGGGCACACCAUUCCUGUUGAACCCCAAGGUUCAUCAGCUGAUGAUGAACAUAAUGGAAGUCCAAAAAGAGAUGACCCCAGCACUUCAAAGUUUUUGAAGUUACCCAGCCCAGAAUACGUUCUCUUCACUGAUAGUGAACUACAACAUGUGAGACGUGCAUACUUCGAGCAGCAACGUCUUGGAAAAGAGGGUGAAGUCACCUUAUCAAAGGAGCUCUUCUGCCGACUCAUCCAAAAUACCAUGACAAAUAUGAUAUCUAUUGCAAGAGCCUCUUCAGAUGACUACAAAUAUCCCACUAAACAUGAAGUUAUUGCCAUGGCAAAGCGGUUAGUGGAAUACUACCCUAUGAUAAAAGAUAAGUCAACUGGAUCAAUUGCCAAAAAGCUCUUGAAGCGACUUUCAAAUAUCCGAAGUCCUGUGAAGGCCAAACACCCUCCAUCCAAGAGAGCACGUCUGAAUGAAGUACCGUCUGCUGCAGUGGCAAGUGACUAUGAUGCUGAUUCCAGUGCAUCAACAGUUCAUCUGUCACCACCUUCAAGAUCAAGCACCCCACAGCAAGAAAAUGACAGCAUUGAUGAAGCAUGUAUGUACAUUACCAUUUACAAGAAAAUUCACAAGUAUAGUAUUUGCACCGACGGUCCAGACAACAGCCUUGACAGCCAGAAAACACAGGCACGACAUUACAGGACUCUACAAGAAAUGUACAAAGCAAAGAAGCCAAACAAAGCUGCUGUAACUCAUCUAUUAGACCUGGAGUUCCAGUCCAGAAGAAAUUUCAUUGACUCAAAUGCUUUGAAGGAGCAAGACCGACCCACAAAAAUUUUACAGGCAUACCCGUGCUUCAAAGAACUGGACCAUGUAAUGGAUGAACUGCGGAGAGUCAUUGAGCCAAACAAUAGCCAAUACACUUCUGAGGUGAAAGGCAGGUGGGAGAACUUCUACUCCAAGGUUCAGUUUUAUGGCGUCAUGAAGAAAGUCAUGAAGCCUCCAAGGACAUUAAAUGGAGUUGAACAUGCCAUUGCAGUUUUUACUGCCCUGCCACUGCUCUUCCCAUCUGGCUCUGCAGCACCCAAGAAACUGGCCCAAUCAGUGAGGCUCUUUUCCACGUCCUCACGCCCUCUGAGGAUCCUGAUACCUACAUCCACCGGCGUGUGCUUUCAAGGGGGGCGUUUUUUCGCAGUGUAUUCACUGAAUUUUCCCUGGAUUUAUAUUUAUUUCUUAGCAAGAUCUCUUCUCUUGCUUCUAGCUCACCGAGCUCUUUGUCUUUCUAUUUCAGGUCUGCGCAUGCGUUUCAAAGACUAAAGUCCCAGUAGAGACUUCAGUACUUCUUCCCAUCAGAGUCCAGAUCAGCUCAGUUGAGUCCAUGCCGCUGUGGAACUAUGUAAUAUGCCUUUUUCGGUGGACACACACACAUACACAGGUUGCUAUGGAUACAGGAAGCAUUCACCUAGCAACCUCUCAGUGGCACAAGUUCAGAUGAAGUAAUUGCUGCAUCUUUUUUAAUAAACCAAAUUAAUAUAUCCCUAGUUUUAAUCUAAACAAUGACAGCAUCUUAAACCUGUGGCCCUCUUCAUUUAGGAGUCACACUUUCCUUCUUCAGCCUUGAAAUUUAACUUUUUUUUUCUUCAGGAAAACCAAUGUAAUAUAUUUUUGUUCAAUAAUAUUUUUUGAUUAUUGUUUAUGAUUUUUAGGGACUUUUACGAUACUAUACAAUAUGCAAUAUACAAUUUUAAUGAGCUAUUUUCUCUUUAUUCAUUUACUGUUUUUUUAAUACAUGCAAUAUUUCACAUGGAAAUAGAGUAAAAACAUUUAAAAUACAUUUUUUAUGUGAGAAUUAGGAAAUCUGGAGGUAUUAAAAAAUAAAAACUUGUGUAAUGUUGCAUAACCUCUUGUAUUAGCGCCCACAUAUAUAUACAGAGGCUUUUGGAUUCCCAUCAUUUUUUAGACCUCAUCUCUUCAUUUUUUUAGGUUUUGCAUUUAGAUCUAUAUCUAGACAUUCUAAAAGAUUACUUUUUGUCAAAGUUUAGAUAUUUUUGGUUGGAUAACUAACAGGUUUUACAUUAUGAUUACAGUCAACAUUAAAAUCUUGUUAGAAAGGGAAAGCAUUUUUGUUACUCAUUAUUUGAUAAUUAAAAAUCAAACAAAAUAAGGAAUGAAAAGUGAU